UUGUUUUCUUAUUUUUUUUUCAAUGUUUAGAGCUGACUCUUGGAAUCCAGCACAGAUCAAUGAAGUUCUCAAUGUAUUUCAGCACGUACUUAAGCCCAUUAGACCUUCUUCAUUUUUAGAUCCAAACCGCAUCGGGACACUAUAUGGUUAUAAAGUAGAAGAUGACUUAGGUGGCCAAGGGGGUGACGGAGGUAAUGGAGGAGAUGCUGGUGCAGUCGUUGGUGACGGUGGUAAUGGGGGAAUCGGUGGGAACGGUGGUGGAUUCGGCGACGGCGGAGCUGGGGGAGACGGUGGCGACGCAGGAGGAGUCGGUGAAGGCGGUAACGGUGGAGAUGGCGGAACAGGAGGUUCAGUCGCUGGAGUUGGUGGAGAAGGUGGCGAUGGCGGUGACGGUGGUUAUGUGGAAGGUAACGGAGGUGAUGGUGGUGCAGGCGGAGAUGGAGCUGGCGGUGGUGGUGACGGAGGCGAUGGAGGUGAUGCUGGAAGUAACGGAAACGGCGGAAAUGGCGGAGAUGGUGGUAACGCUGGUGGCGCUGCAGGACAAGGUGGUUAUCCAAGUCCAUACGAUUAUUAUUACAACAAUGGCUUACCGAUCAAAGUAAGCUUCUCACCAGUGUGUCCACAAACCCGUGAAUUAGUCCGCCAAGAUUGGGCACUCAAUACCGAAGGAUACUACGUAAAGAUUCUACAAGUCGGCAGUGGUCGAUUGUACGUACCGUCGAUCAAGCAGACAUUCUAUGAGACGACAUGCGACACUGAAUAUUGCGAUGGAGCAAACGGUCUCUGCGUACCGAAAUUUGUCUGGGAACGCGCGCUGGUGGUCACUGGAUGUUCGCAUGACAACAACGGGAACCAGAGGCCCAAUUUGGCCGUCCAGUGGGUGGCCAUCAGGAGCUGUUGUGUCUGCUCCGUUAUCGAUGCUCCUCCAUUCCCAAGGUUCAAAAAAUAAGCUCCAGAUAUGAGCCGAGUUCCUUCUAAUAUUGCUAGGAGUCGUCUUAAUGUGGUUAUUCUUUGGAAAAAUUCACGCUUGCGCUGGUUAAAAAAAAAAAUAAAACACCGCUAAAAUUUAACGAAUCAUAUUUCAUAUUUAUUGCAUUAAACACUUUUAACUCUAUAAAACGUUUUAAAUCAAUCAAUCAAUGAAUCAUCGGUACAUGUAAUAAUCAUAAACAUACCUUACUUAAUGACGUAGUCACAACCGCAAUAAACGAUCAUAUAAUUUCGUGUCUUUAGCAAGGGCAUUUAGUCGCUUAUUUAUUAGUUUUGCUAGAUAUUUUGUUCAAACAAAUAAUCAAAAGUACGCCGCCACUUUUAUGAUAAAAUAAACCAAAACUUAAAACAAUAAUUCUUUCGCUGUUGCACAACUUUAUCUUAGAUGGCCUAGGCUUAUCUUUUUUUUCGACGUUAACCCUUCAGCCAUUUUAGAAACAAUACCUAUGACCCGGAGGUGUAAAUGACUUCCAGAUAAAUUCGCAGUUUAUUUUCAUAAAAAUUUGUGUGUGUAGAUUAAGGUUCUGUAAAUAUUUACAACGUUAUUGUAUCUAUUUGUAAUUUUUAAGGCGAAAUUAAUUAAGUAUUUAUUUAAAUUGUUGUUAAGGCAGAAUCAUUAUAAGGAUGAUGGUAUGAAUAAAUGCUUACUGAUCUUUGA